GAGAAAAGAGAGCUUAUUUGUUUCUCUGGGGAGGGAAGGGCUGAGCUGCCAGCCAAACUAGCCAGGGAAAAGAACUGAAAGCUCAGGAGACAGCGGCAUCCCUGGAUUUUCCCCUCUCCAGAUAAAUAAAUCACAGCUGUGGAAGACAAGAAGUUAUUUUUCCAAUUGACAGCGAGAGAGAGAGAGGCAGCCCUCCCCCACCGGUCUCCGCGCUUGGGCGCAGGCGAAUCCAGAGCAAGAGGGAGCAUCAGCAGCAGCAGGAGAGGCAGCGUAGCAGCAGCGGCAGCGGGGACCGCGACGCCGCCGCCAGCAGCUCCGCUACCUGGGAGAGCGCCUGCCCCUCCAGGCAGCUACCAGAGGCGGCUCCAGCUGCGGCUCCAGAGGCGGCUGGGUCCGCUGCUGGGAAAUGGGCGAGGAGGAGGGGCAGGGAGAGCUCUCCUCGCUGGGGGCCCUUUGGAGGGCCGCUGGUUUAGGCUGAGCCCUGCCCCCCUCUCUCUCCUCCCGCCCUCCCCCCCAACCCCCCAACCCCCCCAUCCAAGUCCGUGGUGCGGCUGAGUCUCCAACCGGUUUCUUUUAAAGAGAGGGGUAGCUUGGUGUGAGGUCCAGUUGCGGGAAAGGGGCGCACUGCUUGGGUUUGGCUCAACACUCCGACUCACCAUGCGGGAACUGGCCAUCGAGAUCGGGGUCCGAGUACUCCUUUUUGGGGUCUUUGUAUUCACAGAGUUUUUGGACCCAUUCCAGAGAGUCAUUCAGCCAGAAGAGAUCUGGCUUUAUAAAAACCCAUUGGUGCAAUCUGACAAUAUACCAACACGUCUCAUGUUUGCAAUCUCUUUCCUCACACCCCUGGCAGUCAUUUUUGUGGUGAAAAUCAUCCGGCGCACUGACAAGACUGAAAUUAAAGAGGCCUUUUUAGCGGUUUCCUUGGCUCUAGCUCUGAAUGGAGUCUGCACAAAUACUAUUAAAUUAAUAGUUGGAAGACCUCGUCCCGAUUUCUUUUACCGCUGCUUUCCAGAUGGAGUAAUGAACUCUGAAAUGCACUGCACAGGUGAUCCUGAUCUGGUGUCUGAGGGCCGAAAGAGCUUUCCCAGCAUCCACUCUUCCUUUGCAUUUUCAGGCCUGGGUUUUACAACAUUCUACUUAGCUGGGAAGUUGCACUGUUUCACAGAGAAUGGGCGUGGGAAAAGCUGGCGAUUCUGUGCAGCAAUCCUGCCUUUGUACUGUGCCAUGAUGAUCGCCCUUUCACGCAUGUGUGAUUACAAGCAUCACUGGCAAGAUUCCUUUGUGGGUGGAGUCAUUGGACUUAUUUUCGCUUAUGUUUGCUACAGACAGCACUAUCCUCCUUUGGCUAACACGGCUUGUCAUAAACCUUACGUCAGUCUCCGAAUUCCGAGCUCCCUGAAGAAAGAAGAGAGACCCACAGCUGAUAAUACUUCUGGGAUGCCACUGGAAGGAAUAACAGAAGGACCAGUAUGACUAGUACAUAGGAACAUCAAGACAUUUUAGCCCUGAUCACAUUCUAUAUCUCCCUUCCUGCCCACUCCCAUAAUGUCAUAGAAAAAGAUUUCUUAUAGUAUGUUUGUCUUCUAUUAUUUUCUAAAGUUAUCCUUUGAGUGAUCUUCUUCUUGCUUCCAUUUGGCAUUUGGAGUCUACACUGUUUGUUUGAGAUAUCUAUUUUUAACUUAUUUGAGUUGGCAAAGAAAAACAAUUUUUUUUGUUUUUUUAAGGGAGGAAAAAGCAAACAAACAAACAAAAAUCUAGUACAGGUGUCAAAGAAUGCAUCCGAGUGUUACUGUGAUGUCAGUUUCAUUUGGCCAACUCAUUUCUCUGAAGUGUUAGACGUAAUGGUGACAUUCUUGUGUUUUCAUGCUUGUAAAACAAUAAAAUCUUCCACCUGAAA